AUGGUCCAGCUAACAAAAGCAAGGAAACUGCAAAUUAUUAACUGUCUACUGCGGAGGAAUGUUGUGAGCAGAGGCAGGCCCACAACCAAAUAUGCUUCAUUUUCAGAAGUUCUGCAGUUAGAGGAGAAGCAGUACAUGCAAACUGCCUUCCCGCUCCAAGAUCUGGCAAGAUAUCUGACACCUAAUGUGGACACUUCAAGUUUUCAGGUUUUCAAUCCUAACCAGGAGGACAUCAAGAGAGCAGAGGCGUUUUUCGUUCCAUCGCGCCAUCAUGCCAUCGACUAUUUCAUUUCUGCUGUCCGGAUGGAUCAUGCCCCGCAAUUGUCACAUCCUGAGGUUUGCUUUUUAGGAAGAAGCAAUGUUGGAAAGUCCUCCUUAAUAAAGGCCUUGUUUUCAUUGGCCCCUGACGUUGAAGUCCGAAUUUCAAAACAUCCAGGUCACACAAAGAAAAUGAAUUUCUUCAAAGUGGGAAAAUUAUUUACAAUGGUGGAUAUGCCAGGUUAUGGCUACAGGGCACCUGAAGAUUUUGCAGAGAUGGUGGAGCCUUAUUUAACCCAGCGCCAGAAUUUGAAACGGACAUUCUUAUUAGUGGAUGGCCUGGUAGGAAUUCAGCCAGCAGACCACAUUGCUAUAGAAAUGUUGGAAGAAUUUGGGAUUCCUUAUGUUUUUGUACUAACAAAAAUUGACAGAGCACCAAAAGGUGUGAUGGCAAAAAAUGUGAUUCAGAUCCAAGACUUCAUAAAGAAGAAUACUAAUGGGUGUUUUCCUCAGCUGUUUCCAACCAGUUCUUUGUAUCAUUUUGGAAUCCAUGUGUUGAGGUGUUUUAUAGCCCACGUAGCUGGAAGUUUUCACUUAUCUUCAUGACGGUUAUCCCUA